CCUUUGCCGGUGCAGUUCUUUUACGUAAAAAAUAAUGUGACAUGUUCUCCAACUAAGUUUAUCAAGUUGUGACUGUUAUUUGAGUACAAGAAACGCAUAAUGUUUUCCCUAUCAAUCGCCAGAAGGUUACACCGCGUUGCUCUCCUACACUGUAAACCACAGGCUCCAGAAGGACCAUCUCUGGGCGCCGAAAAGGUAAAAGACCUUCUGGACAACGCCGCCACAUUCGAGGAUGUUCAAUCGAUAAGCGAACAGGACUCUUGGGCCACCCUGCCAUAUGUGGAUGGCACCUUCUUCGGUCGUAAUCAAGCGUUGAAAUCGAGCCGACCGAAAAUUGAUCCCCGCGAGACGUCUAUCAUUCUGUUCCCCGGCCAAGGCUCGCAAUAUGUUGGAAUGGCAUCCAAACUGUUGAAGUUCCCUGGAGCACGGGAUAUUUUUGCAUUGGCCAAUGAAAUGCUAGGUUACGAUCUGCUAAAACUGUGUGUCGAAGGUCCGAAGGAAAAGCUGGAUCAGACCAUGUAUUGUCAACCGGCGGUGAUGGUCUCGUCCUUAGCCGCUCUUGAACAGCUCAAAGAAGAACGUCCCAACGCGAUAGAUAAUUGCUUUGCUACGGCAGGCUUUAGCCUGGGAGAGAUUACAGCUUUGGUAUUUGCUGGUUCCAUUCCAUUCGACAAAGCGGUUAAACUGGUACAGAUACGAGCAGAAGCGAUGCAGUGGGCUAGUCAACAGAACAAGAGUGGAAUGGCUACGGUGCUGUUCUCGCCGGAUGCUCGACUCGGAGAAGCCUGCAUGGAUGCUGUGAACUGGUGCGUCCAGCGGGGUAUGGAGAAUCCGGAAUGCAGGAUAGCUAAUUAUUUGUAUCCCAGUUGUAAGGUAAUCGCUGGCAAUGAGGAAGCUCUGAAAUUUCUCGAAGCCAACACCAAAAAAUAUGGCUUGAAGCGGAUAAAACGCUUGCCGGUUAGUGGAGCAUUCCAUACAGAGCUUAUGGCUUCGGCUGUGGAACCAUUUGCGCAAGCAUUGAAAAAGAUAACCAUUGAGGAUCCAAUCAUCAGUGUACACUCAAAUGUGGAUGGCAAAAAGUACCGCAACGUAGGUCAUAUACUGAAUCAGCUUCCGAAGCAGAUAGUGAGGCCGGUUAAGUGGGAACAAACGUUGCAUAACCUGUACGAGCGGAAAAGUGGAGAAUUCUUCCCUCGAACGUUCGAGUGCGGACCGGGUAAAGGCCUGAAAGCCAUUCUCAAGCAAGUAAAUGCCAAAGCGUGGGAUUCAUCGUUCAAUAUAGAAGCGUGAUAAAUUCAGAA